GGCAGCGCUUGUAGCAGGAGCCUGCGCAGUGACGCCGGGUACGAGUUGGGUGCAGCUCCAUCAGAGAAGGAAGCGGAGUUUCCGGCUGUUUGCAGCGGAGGGAGAGGAUUGCUGACGCCGCGAAACCCCGAGAAAAACGCCACCGGCUCGGGGGGGGCAAGCAGUGUUUAAGUAUCGGUAGUGGUUUUCUUUCGUAUCAGGGGAUCUUGGGGGGCUGGUGAAUUUUAUUUUAUUUUUGCGAGUCGAGGGGGUCGGGCAGCAAACGGAGCAAAGCGGCACAAGGCGGGGGUGAGCCACCAGCUACCGGCAUGGCCAGGGACUACGAUUACCUCUUCAAGCUGCUCAUCAUCGGUGACAGCGGGGUGGGGAAGAGCAGUCUCCUCCUGCGAUUUGCAGACAACACAUUUUCUGGUAGCUAUAUCACCACGAUCGGCGUGGACUUUAAGAUCCGGACGGUGGAGAUCAACGGGGAGAAGGUGAAACUACAGAUCUGGGAUACAGCAGGACAGGAGCGCUUCCGCACCAUCACCUCCACAUACUACAGGGGAACGCAUGGGGUCAUAGUGGUAUAUGACGUCACAAGUGCAGAGUCCUUCGUCAAUGUGAAACGAUGGCUACAUGAAAUCAACCAGAACUGUGACGACGUGUGCCGAAUAUUAGUGGGAAAUAAAAACGACGACCCCAACUCCAAGGUGGUCGAGACAACUGACGCGCAGAAGUUUGCAGAGCAGAUGGGAAUCAACCUGUUUGAGACGAGUGCAAAAGAGAACAUCAAUGUUGAAGAGAUGUUCAACUGCAUCACAGAGCUAGUGCUAAGAGCCAAGAAGGAGGUGCUCGCCAAGCAGCAGCAGCAGCAACAGAACGACGUGGUCAAACUCACCCGGAACAGUAAACGAAAGAAAAAGUGCUGCUAGCCAACUCGAAGCCAUCCACGAAAGGGCCGGCGGCGUCUUUUCUUCACACAUGCAUAUACACAAGAUGGGACUCAGAGCAUCUAAAUUAAAGAGCCGAUAAAGAUUUAAUACAUAUACGGUGAAAGAUUUAAAAACAAAAUAAAUGGGAAAAAAUGUCCCGUUUGGACAAGCUAGUCAUGAAGACUUAAGAAAAAAAAAAAAAAGUGUACAGAUUUUAUUCGAGGUCCAAUCAAGUUUUAUUUGGAAUUCAGCAGAUGGGCACUAUUGACCUGAGGUCCUCCUUUCCUAAAGGAUCUGCAAGCCGACAACUGACUGCCAUAAUGCUCCGAUUUAUAUCCACCUAACCCCACACUCAGUAUCUCAUCUCUCCUUCUCAUUCCACUGCACACGGGACAUUUGGAGUCGAGUCAGACUCUGCGCCUGAGGAGAAGGAGGGUUCAACUUUUUCUGGAUUUAUUCGUUUGUUUCUCGUUUUAUUUUUCUGGGGGGGGGGGGGGGUUGGUUGGGAGGUGUUUUUUGGAAUGGGCGUCUGAGUGGAGGUCGCACCACCUCUCCAGUUAAAACAUUUCAGACACCCAUGUUCCCACGGCUCACGCCAAGAAAUCCUGAACUGCUAGCUUUUGUUUUAUUCGACUUGUUGGGGGAGAAAACACACAGAUGAUGACGAUUGGUAGAUGACCUUUAGCAACUAAUCCGAUGGACAGAACUGGUGACUUUUCACAUUUUGUUUUACUUUUUUUUUCUAUAUUUGCCAAGCUUCCCAUCCUCUACCCGCCUCUAACCUCCAAUAGUGCUGAGCCAACAAGAAUUGAUUUAUAUUUUUUGUGUCUUGUCUCUUUUUUUUUUUUAAAGUGCGACAGAGCAGUUGAACCGCUCCUGGAGCUCUGAAAGCACCGCUCACUGCAGUCUUACUACUCUUGCGGCAUUUACUUUUAAACCCUUUCCUCCACCUUUAAAAAAAUAAAAAAACAACAACAAUGAUACUGCCAAUAUUCUAAAAAGAAAAAAUAUUAGGAGCUCAGUGGUGCCCCUUAUUUAGAUCGUUGCCAUAGUGGCGCCUGGUUGGCCAUGAGGAAGGAUGAAUCAGGGUCUGGUGGCACCCUAUUGAGUCCUCAGGAAGUGCUCAGGCCUGCCCUCCCUCUCCCUAAAUCCCCCCCGCCACACACACACACACACACACACACAAACAUAUCAGGACCUCACAGCGACGGACUCACCUGCUGCAUUAGGGUCAUCAAGGGGCACGAAGAGGCUCUUGCUCUGGAAACUGUUGUCUCGUGGUCGUCGCGGCGACCUCCAAUCCAUCGCGGACUGGUUUUUGAGCAUGUAACACUUUGCUUGAAGGGGUUUGUGAAAAGUUAUGACAUGUGCCUGACAUGUGUUUUACACUGUUGAGGAUUUACUGUAUUUUCUCAGCUUGCAAAAUAUUCUUCAGUUGACUAAUGUUCAAGUCUUUCAAGUUCUUCUUUGCUUUUAAGCCUGUCACCCCCCCACCCCCACCCCCUGCUUGCUACCUGUUCAAUUGAAGUGUUUUAGGCCUCCGUGGUGAGAGUGUGGCAGACAGUGGGACUGUUAAUGUGAGAACGAAUGGAGAUGGACUGCAGCACUGGAUCCCUCAGCGCUCUCUCUCUGUGCACCGCCAGGGUUUGUCAGAGGCGGAAGCUUCUGUUACUGACUGACUUGUUUCUUUAUUUUUUAAUUGGGAGAGUACUGAACGGAGAGCGCUGAGCUUCUGUUUGGAUGUGUUUAGUUUUCGUCCUCCGGGCAAACUCUGGCAGCCGGUUUGGGAUCCUGUCACUGUGACAUCCAGGGCCUAGGAAUGGUAUCGAAUCCCACAUUUCUACUCAUUACGUGUAUGUAUAUAUAAAUAUAUUUGUGUGUUUAUAUUCAGUAUAGAACAUACACACAUAAUUAGCACACCGAACUGUGCAUGUGUAAAACAUGCCCUGUGUGCUUUGGUUGGAACACACUCGUCAGCUGUGGUUUGCUGUACACUGGAGAAAAAGAGAUGUACUAUUCAUUUUUCCCUACAUGAAUUUAAUCGGUAAUAAACGUUUUAAAGGAAUAAAUAUUUGACACAUAAUGACUGAUCUCAUGUGUCAGUGAUUUUGAGGCUUGGUCUUAACAUCAUUUUAAACCUGUGUCUUUGUUUUUUGUUUGUUUUUGUUUUUUUGCUUUCUGUGAAUAAAAUUGUAUGAGAGAAAGUG